AUGGGUACGACGGCCAGCGCGGCACCGCAGGACGUCUGGCCUAAAAAAGGGCCGCCGGGUGACGGCAGCAUGGAGGACCAGCGUUCCCUCAGCAUCCACUCCUUCCAGACCCUGGGGCUCCACAACAGCAAGGCCAAGUCCAUCAUCACCAACAAAGUGGCACCCGUGGUCAUCACGUACAACUGCAGGGAGGAAUUUCAAAUCCACGACGACCUGCUGAAGGCCAACUACACGGUGGGACGCAUUUCUGAGGCCACGCUGGAACACUACCUUGUGCAGGGGAAAUAUUUCAUGGUCAGGGAUGUAUACGGCAAAUUAGACGUCUUGAACACUACGGGCAGCUGCGGUGCUCCCAAUUUCCGACAAGCCAAAGGAGGUUACGCCGUGUUCGGCAUGGGGCAACCCAGCCUCAACGGCUUCAAGCUCGUGCUGCAGAAGCUGCAGAGAGAGGGCCACAAGGUUGCUUUUGGGGCAAAAGAGCCCGUGGUCUUCCUCCGGUUGGAGGGGGACUUUGUAUCCUACACCCCCCGGGGCAAGGAGAACCUGCAUGAGAACCUGCAGCGGGGGCUGCGGGCGGAGAGCCUGGAGUUGGCCAUCCGUAAGGAGAUCCACGACUUCGCGCAGCUGAGCGAGAACGUCUACUACGUCUACGACGACAUCGAGCGCUUACGGGACGAGCCCCACGCCGUGCGGGUGCAGUGCGAGGAGGACAUCCAGGUGACGGAGGAGGUCUACCGCAGACCCAUCUUCCUCCUGCCUUCCUACAGGUACCACCGGCUGCCCCUGCCCGCCGAGGGAGCCCCUUUGGAGGGGCAGUUCGAUGCUUUCAUCCGCUUCCUCAGGGAGAGCCCCAGCCUGCUGCUGCGGGACCCCGGCAGACCCCCACCAGCGCUGCUCUUUGGCUGCCAGACCGGCGUGGGCAGGACCAACCUGGCCAUGGCCAUGGGCACGCUCGUCCUCCACCACCACCACCGAGGAGCCCCCCAGAAGCCUGAGUAA